AUGAGGAUCCGGAAGCGCCCCCCUGCCAGGGCAGCAUCGCCGGGACCGCCGCCGCCUCCCCUGUCGCUGCAGCAACCCAUGGAGAAACCACGGGAGGAGGAGGACAAGGAGGCAGAGGAGGAGGAGAAGCGGGCGAUCCUCGCCGCCGGAGUCCGAGACGACGACCGGGUCCGCCCCACCGCCGCCGCGCCUGCCUCUGGGAACAGGAACAUGAACAUGAACAGCAGCGCAACGGACGACGUGCCCAAGACGGAGCCGCAGGACGCCGCCGCCACCAGGUGCAGCCGGAACGACGGGAAGCGGUGGCGCUGCAAGAAGGCGGCCGUGCCGGGGUACCUGUUCUGCGACCGCCAUAUCGCGUGGUCCACACGCAAGCGCAAACCCAGAGCCAAGGAGCCCAAGAGUCACGGCAGCGGCGUCCUGGAGCCCACCACCACUAUCCCCAAGAAGUUCGCAGAGGAGCACGGCGAGACGCAGCGCAACGCCGGGUUCUUCGGUGGCUUCUAG